UCCCCAGCGGCCAAGUGCGCAGGCGCAGAGCGCAGUAACUGCCGGUUGGAGGCGGCCGAACCGCAGAGGAGAGAUUCCGGCGACUGAGGCUGCGGCGCGGUGGCUUCUACCUCUCCGCGGUUGCUCGAGGCUCUGCCCUAGAUUCAAAGCGUAGCGACUUCGGGUCUUCUCUUCUUUGCUUCUCAUAGGAGUCGCAUUUCCUGGAGCAACAGCCCCGAAGAGGACGCGGUCCCCCCGCAGGAGGCUUCAGCACCAGCACCCCGAUCAUCCGGCGGCGGGAUGUCUGUGGUUGGCAUUGAUCUCGGCUUUCUCAACUGCUACAUCGCUGUAGCGAGGAGUGGCGGCAUCGAGACCAUCGCCAAUGAGUACAGCGACAGGUGUACCCCGGCCUGUAUAUCUUUGGGAUCAAGAACCCGAGCCAUUGGAAAUGCAGCUAAGAGCCAGAUAGUCACAAAUGUAAGAAAUACAAUUCAUGGCUUCAAAAAGCUUCAUGGACGAUCAUUUGAUGAUCCUAUUGUGCAAACUGAAAGAAUCAGGCUUCCCUAUGAGCUGCAGAAGAUGCCUAAUGGAAGUGCAGGAGUGAAGGUGCGGUACCUAGAAGAAGAGAGACCUUUUGCUAUUGAGCAAGUUACUGGAAUGCUGUUGGCCAAGCUUAAAGAGACUUCAGAAAAUGCUCUGAAGAAACCAGUAGCCGACUGUGUGAUUUCAAUUCCAAGCUUUUUCACUGAUGCUGAGAGAAGAUCUGUCAUGGCUGCAGCCCAGGUUGCAGGUUUAAAUUGCUUAAGAUUAAUGAACGAAACGACUGCAGUUGCGCUAGCAUAUGGAAUUUAUAAACAGGAUCUUCCCCCUUUAGAUGAGAAACCAAGAAAUGUAGCAUUUAUUGAUAUGGGACAUUCUGCCUACCAAGUCUCAGUUUGUGCUUUUAACAAAGGAAAACUUAAAGUCUUGGCUACUACCUUUGAUCCAUAUUUGGGUGGCAGGAACUUUGAUGAGGCUUUAGUAGACUACUUCUGUGAUGAGUUCAAGACCAAAUAUAAGAUAAAUGUGAAAGAGAACUCUCGGGCCCUGUUGCGUUUAUAUCAGGAAUGUGAAAAACUAAAGAAGCUAAUGAGUGCGAAUGCCUCAGAUCUUCCACUGAACAUUGAGUGUUUCAUGAAUGACCUUGAUGUUUCUAGUAAAAUGAACAGGGCUCAAUUUGAGCAAUUAUGUGCUCCCCUCUUCGCCAGAGUUGAACCACCACUGAAAGCAGUAAUUGAACAAGCUAACUUACAACGUGAAGACAUAAGUAGUAUAGAAAUUGUAGGGGGAGCAACACGAAUUCCUGCAGUGAAGGAACAAAUUUCUAAAUUCUUCCUUAAAGACAUAAGUACCACGUUAAAUGCUGAUGAAGCUGUUGCAAGAGGAUGUGCAUUACAGUGUGCGAUUCUCUCACCAGCAUUUAAAGUGCGUGAGUUUUCCAUAACGGACAUUGUACCCUAUUCAAUCACAUUAAGAUGGAAGACCUCUUUCGAAGAUGGAACUGGGGAAUGUGAAGUAUUCUGUAAGAACCAUCCUGCCCCAUUCUCAAAAGUCAUCACUUUCCACAAGAAGGAACCAUUUGAACUAGAAGCUUUCUAUACUAAUAUACAUGAAGUGCCUUAUCCUGACCCGAGAAUUGGGAGCUUCACUAUUCAGAAUGUUUUUCCACAGUCUGAUGGUGAUAGCUCCAAAGUGAAGGUUAAAGUUCGCAUCAACAUCCAUGGAAUCUUCAGUGUUGCUAGUGCAUCAGUAAUUGAGAAGCAAAAUAUAGAAGGGGACCACAGUGAUGUUCCUAUGGAGACAGAAACUUCAUUUAAGGAUGAAAGCAAAGAUGAUGUGGAUAAAAUGCAGGUUGACCAAGAAGAAGGUCAUCAAAAAUGCCAUGCUGAGCACACCCCAGAAGAGGAGAUUGAUCAUACAGGAACCAAAACAAAGUCAGCUUCCUCAGACAAACAAGACCAGUUAAACCAGACCAUUAAAAAAGGAAGAAUCAAGAGUAUUGAUCUACCCGUCCAGAGUAGCCUGUGCAGACAGUUGGGCCAAGAUCUUCUGAAUAGCUACAUUGAAAAUGAGGGGAAAAUGAUAAUGCAAGAUAAGUUGGAGAAAGAAAGAAAUGAUGCUAAGAAUGCUGUUGAAGAGUAUGUAUAUGAUUUUAGAGACAAGCUGGGCACCGUCUAUGAAAAAUUUAUCACUCAAGAGGACUUGAAAAAGCUGUCUGCAGUGUUAGAAGACACAGAAAAUUGGCUUUAUGAAGAAGGAGAGGACCAACCUAAACAAAUUUAUGUAGAUAAGCUUCAAGAACUAAAGAAAUACGGCCAGCCUAUUCAGAUGAGAUACGUGGAACAUGAAGAGAGACCAAAAGCUUUAAACGACUUGGGGAAAAAGAUCCAGCUUGUCAUGAAAGUGAUAGAGGCGUGCAGAAACAAGGAUGAAAGAUAUGAUCAUUUAGAUCCUGCUGAAAUGGAAAAAGUUGAAAAGUAUAUAAGUGAAGCAAUGAUUUGGCUGAACAGUAAGAUGAAUGCACAGAAUAAACUAAGUCUUACUCAAGAUCCAGUGGUGAAAGUUUCAGAAAUAGUUGCAAAGUCAAAGGAACUGGAUAAUUUCUGUAACCCCAUCAUUUACAAACCCAAACCAAAAGUAGAGGUUGCAGAAGACAACGCCAAAGCUAAUAGUGAGCACAAUGGACAAACGGAUGGACAGAGUGGAACUGAAACUAAACCAGAUACAACAAAAGACAGCUCACAGCCUACUAAGUCUUCCGGACAGAUGGAAGUGGACUAAGGCUUAAUUUUACCUUCAUGCAGUUUAAACAGUGCAAGUAACCACGGGGUCCAUUCUUCUUUUGCAUCUGGUACACACAACAGAUGUUCAGUUGUUCUUAACUACUUUUGUCAUUUGUUUUUUGGAGUAGUUUUGAAAAGUGUUUAUAUUGAGUACACAUCUGUUCAUUUCUGUUGCUGCUUAUGCGAAGCUUUAGCUGAAUAUCGAGUUACAAGUCAGUUUAAGCUUUCCUGAUAUAUUUUAUGUCACAUGCAAGAUUGAUACCUAUGUAGUUGGCAACAGUCUACCUUAUUUAAAGCUUCUACUUGGAUAAACUUCAGCUCCUUAUUCAGGAAAGGAUACGGUAUUGCACUAUUGUUGCAGAAGUAUAGAUGUAACUAACAGAUCAUUAUUUUGAAAAACAAAAACUGAAAUUGGUGUGGUAUGAAGUCACUGAGGCACUGACCUUUUUCUAGUGAUUGUAUUGUUCUAACUUAAAUAUUAAAACAAAUACAAGGUUCCUCAACAAAUUGGUCCAUCUCAUUGGUGUGCCAUGAAAACUCCAAAACUUUGCUGUUUAAUCACAUAAAUGAACAACAAAUCACAUGUUGAAAGGCAGAAUGCACAAUGUUAUGCUAAGGUGACGCAGUAGUUUUCCUCAUUGAUAAUAUGGAUUAAUGUUUUCUUAGAGUAAUUCAGUGUCAUUUCUACUUGAAACUUCUGAUCUCGUUUUCCAGAAGACAUGCUAUGUAAUAGUAGCCUAAAGAAAAGAAAGCAUUUUUGGCGAAAAAUCUUAAGUAGGAAACACUGUUGACCUACUCAGACAUGUAUCUUUGAUGUUGAUGGCCUUGUUUCAGUUUUAAUAGUUCCUUUAGUUUUAGUAAUUGAUUUUGUUCAUAUCUUAACAUAGGGCAGGGGAAGAUGGCACAGUGUGUUAUAUAUAUGUACAUUUAUCACUGAAGUACUUAAUGUUAAGAUACAGAUUAACACUAUUAAAUAAGCAGUAAUACUUGAAAAGAAGCACUUACACCGUAAGUCUUAGGAAAUAAUGCUUGUAAUAAACUUAACUGUGUUACAUAUCAACAGGAAAAAUAUAGAAUGUUACAUAGUGUAAUAUCCUUUGGUGUUAUUAAAUUACAGUUCCUGCUGUUAUAUUACCUGUUCAGACCUUGGCUCCAGUUUUGGUGCUUCUUAUAUAAAUGAUACAGGACAACGGGCUGUGAAAUUAAGAUUUUUUGAGGACUUAAUCUGUGUUUCGUCACCAGACUUGUUCACAUUGUUCAGUUCUGUCCAGAGGCUUGAAACUAACUGGGAGCAGACUGAAAAAUUAUUUUUAAACCCAUAAGCAAAGCAUAGAUAACGCAUGGGCUCUUGUGUUUGAUGCUAAUCAGCCAGACUGACCUAGUUUUGAAAUUGUGAAAGGCUCACUUUUUCCCAAAGCUAAAUCUUUAUAUUGAGAAGAAUUAAUACUGACUUUUCUUAAGUAGUAAAAAUUGAGAGUUUAAUAUCUUUAGGGAUAGUCAUUAUUUCUCACAACUAGUUCUCUAAGAGAGAUUUCGUUUCUACAAUGUAGUUUGCACUGAAAGCGGAGUAUGGAGGAGGAAUGUAUUUUCCAGGGAUUUUUAUUCAUCCUUUUUCAGGGAGAUUUCCCUUUUUUGCAUUAAAAAAAUCAUAUAUCUCCAAUACAUUUUAAUGUCUAAUAGCCUUUAAAUGGUCCUUGUAAUACUCUUAAGAUGAAAUACUUGUAAUUAUAUUCAUUAGUAAUAAGUGAUGAAGUAUAUUAUGUUAAAAAGCAUGAUUCAGUUAUUUUUUCACUUGUAUGUUGAAUAUUUAGGUUGAUUUCAGGGAGAACAAAAGUAUUAAAGGGAACUCAUAACAGUACAAGGAAAGAGUUUAUAGGUUUUUUUGAGUUGACCAGAGGACCUCUCCACUUUUUUUAGGAGCUAUAUACCUCAAAAAUUUCCUGGGAAUAAAUGUGGGAACAACCUUUUCUUCAUCUGAAUUGUCUGGCAUAUUCCAACAUUUUCCAUUUCUUCUCUUAAAUCAUUUUAUGUAGUUCUGCAUUUUGGUUAAACCUAUAACAUUUCAUAUUUUCCUGUUAUGUCACACUUAAUAAGUUAAAUACAUCCAAAGGUGAUAUGUAUACUUUUUACCUAUUUAUUCAACAUACAUGAUAUUUUCAAAAGCUCUUUAACUUUAUAAUGUAAUUAUCGACUACAUGAUAAAAGCGAAUGUUCUCCUUAGUAUAGUUUUGGUUAGGUGGUAUGGCUUAGUUUAACUUAAUGACUGAAAAAAUUAAAGAUUUUUUUCAAAAUCAAAAACCACUAUUGCUCUGACUGGCUGGCUGAUUUAUUUGGUUGGAGCUUGGUCUUGUACACCAGAAGGUUCUGAGUUUAAUCCCCAGUUAGGGCACGUACCUUAGUUGCGGGUUCAAUCCCUGGUCAGUGCGUGUAGGGGAGGCAGCCAAUCUAUGUUUCCCAUUGGUGUCUCUCUCUGAGUCCCACUCUCCCCAUCCCCUUUCGCUCUCUUUGAAAUUGGUAAACCAUAUCCUCAGGUGAGGAUUAAAAAAGAAAGCCACUAUUUUAGAAGUUAUUUUAAAAGAUACUUAGCAAAAUAGACUUUUCCUAUAGUAAGCAAUAAAAACUAAAUAUGUGCAGACAUCUGGGGUGAUCUAAUAAAUAUUAGUACACUUCAACUCUGUAGAAAAGUAUAAAUUGUUUGGUUUGAAAAACGAGUUCCCAGUAGUCAUUGUACUGUAAUUAUAAAAACAAAAACUGCUAAAAAUAUAUAACAUAUUUUAAUUCCUUAGCAGUAUACAGAAUUCUUCAGUUUUAAAACAACUAGAAACAGCACACCAAAGAAUGAGGCUAUUGGAAUAACAGGUAAUCUCAGUUUUAAAAGGGUAAUAGGCUUUUAUUAAGAAGGAAUAAAAAUUUCUUAGACUUUUGUGGGGGGGGGUCUGUUUUUAGUAUGUUCCUGAUUAUUUCCUUGAUACAGUUCUUAAUUUAAAGUGAAUUUGGGGACUCAGUGAUCAAUUUAAUAAAAUGGUAGUGUUGAACUAAAGCAUUUUAUUCGAAUUAGUAAAGCAUCUGUUUAAAAACUUAUUCAUAUUUAAAGGCAAUAGACAUUUGAAUAUAGUAAUCAAAUUAGAUGACUUCAGUUUUACCCAAAAUAGAUUUAUAGAUCAGAUCUAAACCAUACAUUUUUUCAGAAAUUUGAGUUCUAAUAAUGAGUCUAUAAACAUUCCCAUUACGAUUUUGUUUUGUUUUCCACAUUAUUUUUUUUUAAUUUGCUUUUUGUAUGUGCCCUGACUGAGGAUUGAACCCACAACCCUGGCGUAUUGGGAUGAUGCUCUAACCAACUGAGCUAGCUACCCAGCCAGGCCAAUGUUAAUUUUAACUAAUAAGCAAACGAACAGUCUGAGAUUCAUUGAGAGAGAACCUGAAAUGACUUUCUUUUUAAUAGUUGGUAUUUGGUGGUUCACAACAGUUAAAGCCUUACAUACCAGAUUUAUAAGGAUUAAUUGUACAUACUAGAUUUAUAAGGAUUCUUCACUGAACAGGAAAAUAGAGCUUCAUCUUUCUCGCCUUUUAGAAUUUCAUAACAAAAGAAACUUCAAUUCUAAAGUAAAUGCUAUUAUGUGGUUAAACUAUGGAAGUUUUGAGUUUUAAGUGGAUUUUGGUUUUGCGAUAUUUGAUCAGAGGCAUAUCUAAUUGUAUUGCUCUAUCAGUAUUUAAAAUCUGGUAGCAUUUAUUAAAUAGCUACCAAUGACUUUUCAAAUGACAUAGGUAGGGAUACUUAUAAAGUUGGUUCUAAUAUUUUAUUUUCUUCUUAACAUGUGUUCUAACCAUUAGCGAUUCUUAAAACAGUCAUUCAAUUUCAGAUGAUACAGACUUUUUAUGAAAAAAAGAAAAGCAGGUUUAAAAUUACCUUUUGUUUUUUUGUCAAGGUCUAAAGUAUCACUUUAAAAUAAUUUCUAGGAAGCAUGUAAUCCUUUUUUUUGAGAAAGGUAACAAAUUUAGUGUAGGUAAGAAACUUAAGACUUUUAAUCAAAAUGAUCAAAAAAGAAACUUGAGCUUUUUACUUUCACAUUUCUAAUUUAAAAUACACCAGAAUUGAUAUUCUUCCAUGUACUCAUAAGUUGCCCAAGAAAACAGCUUUGGGUUUACAAUAAGACCAGAGCUCUAAGUUUUUUUAUAUUACUAAAUUCAAGGGUAAUUGUUUCAUGCAAUAAAUGGGUGCCUGCAAUUUGUAGAAUAACAAACUGAAACCGUUUAGAAGAAAAGAAGAAAACCUAAGUCUACAGCAGUGGUCUGUACCUAUAGGUGGUAAUGGUUCCUUCACCUUUCAGAUCCUGAAGAAUACCUCAAGCAUUUAGUUAGAGUAAGGAUUGGAAGAAAAAGCAUGUGAGUUAAAAUACAUUAUUGAAUGAUGUGGAGCUUUCAAGUCAAAAAAAUAAAAAUUGAAUCAUGAACAUCUCACUCAGUCUGUCAAAUAGGUCAACAUCCAUAACAACAACAGAAAUUAAUAGAAUGGUUUUUGCUUUGGAAAUUCUAAUUUACUGUUAUGUUCUAAGUCACAGGGAAAUGUACUGAUACCUAAAAAUGACCCAUCCUAUAAAGAGAUGAGUGAAAUUCAACAUGUUUUACAUAGUUUAAUUAUAUUAUAGUGUGUAAACUAUAAAUGAAAAUGGUCUUCAGUC